CCGCCCACAGCGGGGAGCUCAGGGAGCGCAAGGUCAAGUGCGCGUAGACCCCGCCCCCCAGCGUGGGGGCGGGGAGGGCUAGCCCAGGACAGUUGGUCCCAGCCACGGGACAGUACGGGUCCCAAGGCGGCCCUGCGUUGGGACACCAGGAGCGAUCCCUACAGACCUGUCCUCCAGCGCGGGCCCAAGUUCAGCCCGACAGAUCCCCAGUCCCUGUCGCUGCGGGUGCCACUGCGGAGCCUCGCGACUCGCAGGAAAGCAGGGUGGCCACUGCCGUGGGUUCGGACACGCCCGACAAGAUGAAGAGCCGAAUCCCCGUGGUGCUCCUGGCCUGCGGCUCCUUCAACCCCAUCACCUACAUGCACCUGCGUUUAUUCGAGGUGGCCAGAGACCAUCUGCACCAAACAGGCAGCGACAGCCCCAGUUCUGGGUCUGCUGGGCUUCAGGAGAUACCAGGAGAGCGAAUGUACCAGGUGACCCAGGGCAUCAUCUCACCUGUCAAUGACGACUACGGGAAGAAGGACUUGGUGRCUUCUCAUCACCGAGUGGCCAUGGCCCGGCUGGCCCUGCAGACAUCCGACUGGAUCCGGGUGGAUCCCUGGGAGAGCGAGCAGCCACAGUGGAUGGAGACGGUGAAGGUGCUGAGGCACCAUCACAGCCAGCUGCUCAGAUCUCCACCCCCGAUGGAAGGCUCGGACCCCGGCCAGGAGCCCUCAGCACCCACAGCUGCGCCCCAGCUGAAACUCCUCUGCGGGGCAGACAUCUUGAGGACCUUCCAGACCCCCAACCUCUGGGAAGACGCACACAUCCAGGAAAUAGUGGAGAAGUUUGGCUUGGUGUGCGUGAGCCGGGUGGGCCACGACCCCAAGGGGUACAUCCUGGACUCGCCCAUCCUGCGGAGGUACCAGCACAACAUUCACCUGGCCAGGGAGCCCGUGCAGAACGAGAUCAGCGCCACCUACGUCAGGAGGGCCUUGAGCCAAGGGCAGAGCGUCAAGUACCUGCUGCCUGACCCUGUCAUCGCCUACAUCAGGGACCAGGGUCUCUACACCAAGGACAGUUCCUGGCAAGUCACAGGCACCCAGAGGGGCCAAGGAAAGACGAGCUAGGAGGGACUCAGCCACCCCUCCUCCACCCAGCACCUCUGGGGAGGGGGUGGUACAGUUUUUGGUUUGCUUUUGGGUUUUGCUUUAGGUCAGCAUUUUUCAUUUGUUUUAUUUCUACAGUGAUGUUACCCUUAAGUCUUGACUCUCCUGCUCCAGGACAAGAUAGCCUGCCCCCACAGCAAGGACAGACGCUUAUCAAGGAAGUUAAAAUGAUGGGGCAGGUCCUAAGGAUCAGGCAGACCCUCUCAGCCACURCAUGGUAAUUAGCUCUCCACACACUGAAUACCAUUCUGUGCGCCCCAGGGUCCGAGCAGAAUUGUCCACGUGCAUUUUUUAACUAGGACCAGGUGCAGCAUGCUGGUCUUGAUUGGCGGGAUUUGACAGGAUGCUAAUUACUGAACAGUGGGCCUUGUCAAUGUCCUGGUUUCAAACAGAAUAAUACUAAACGGAGGAGUCAGAAAUUUGGAAAUUUGCUGAUUUCCACGACCUCUUGCCUUACAAACCAUCGUCUACCUGCCUGCGGGCCUUUCCUCAAAUUUCAACUAAACUCUUUCUAAGGCGCGAUCCUCAAGUAUUAUUUUUGAUACAKCGAGUAUUUUUAACACUGCUAUUCUCCAAAUGCCAGAGCUUCUGGUUUCCCUGCUUCUAAAAAGGAACGGAGGUAAAACAGAUGCCUGUUUUAGAUGUUUUUGAAUGUUUUAUGACUGCUUACCUGUUGGAAUAUUGGCAAAGGGAUAAAUAAUAAACUGACAUC